CAUUCUCGGAUCCAUGGGUCGGUCCAUGCACCCGUCACGAGCACUUCAUCUUUAGCUUCAAGGUCACUCACAGCUAACUGAUACCUAUUCUUCUUUGUGACUUACGCCGGGAGCCACCUUCAUUCUCCUACACCAGCUAAGAGGUAUAAACGUCACCUCUUGUCACAAACACUUCUACAGCCUCAGCAUCUCCAUAUCAUCUCGAACAGGCACCAUGUUCGGCUUUAUAGCAGACAUCUUGACGUCUGUCAUUACCGUACUCUUCCCUAUCUUUGCCUCCUACAAAGCCCUUCGCGCAUCCGACCCAGCCCAGCUCGUACCAUGGCUCAUGUACUGGUGCAUCCUCUCUCUCCUGCUCCUGGUAGAAUCCAUGUUCGCCUUCAUACUGACCUGGAUUCCCUUCUACUCAUGGAUCCGCUUCCUCGUUCAUUUUUCCCUCGUCAUGCCCGGAUCCCAUGGUGCCACGAUGCUCUAUCAAGAGCACGUUGAGCCGUUCCUUGCACACCACGAAGAAGAGAUCGAAUAUUACAUUAGCGAUGCACAUGAGAAGGCGAAGUCCAUGGGAUUGGCAUAUCUGAAGCUCGCAAUUGAAUGGGCAAAGGUCAAUGUCAUGGGCAUGGAGCCUUCACCGCGAACACCACCGAAUAGUAGAAAUACUAGCCAGAACUACGCGCAACAGCUGCUAGGCAAGUUCAUGAUGCCUUCUGCUAGGCCUUCACACGGCUCUGGACCCGGUGCAGAUUUGUAUGGUCUUGUGACGCAAGCUAUCUCUAGUGCUUCGACAUUCUAUUCAGGAUCGCGAGAUGCUCGAGCAGAAGAAAUUCAGAGGAGUGGGACUCUUAUUCCAGACGAUCUCAGGGGGAAAGACGAACGCAUGUUGUAUGUAAAUACGCAACGUGAGGGACUGCAUGUGCUACUUCAAGCUUAUGACCGCGAAGCUAUGGACCUAGAAUCCGAGCAAGAAGGUCGACCCGACUUACCCAAGAGCCGAAGUGAGGUUGACUUCGACAAGAUCGAUCGCGAUGAAGCUUCUUCAGGCAGCGGUAGUGGUGGACGGAGGUCUCCUGCGCCUCAAGGAAGUUGGAUGCCAUGGAACUGGAGUGGCUCGAAGCCUUUAAGCCCUACCUCCAGACACAAUCCGCGGGACAACAUGACUAGAGGAAAGACAACUGGCGCUGAUCCUGACCUUGCUUAUUAGAUUUCGUUAUUAUGACCUCAUGACAACGCCAUUGGCUUUUGGGUAGGCGUAAGAACUGGAUUUCAUGCAAGGGCGACACUCGACUGGAAGUAUCACAACGUCCAGCAGGACACACAGUAAACGAUUUGUAGAGAUUAGAUACUUUAAGCGCGCUUGUAACCAGCUCACCUACUGGCAGUGCCCCAUAAAUCUAUGUCAUCAUAUAUGUACACAGUUCGAGAACUUGAACCAAUUACAGACUCUUUGUAUAGUACAUACU